AUGAAUAAUAAAGAUUAUACAAAUUUAUUUGGCACAAUAGAAACCAAACGUGUAUUAAAAGCUGAUUAUCCUACUGAAAGUUCAUCAAUAGGAAUGCCAAUACCAAUACGGAAGCAUGGAGAUCUUAAUUCAUUACAAGAUUAUAGUUUUGAAUUGUUUGACACAAAUAAUGAUCUUAUUCAAGAUCCUAUGGUAGUCAACAAUGCUGAUCAAAACUUUUUUACUAAUGAUACCGGAUGGAUCGGAAGAUCUGAUGAUAUGUCUUACAUAAAAAUGGAUGAAGAUAUUUUUCAGGUAAGAAAAUCAAGUUCCUAUUACUUUUUAAAUAUAAGUAUUCCUAUAGAUUAUUUUUUGUUUAAAUUAUUCUUUGAAAUCUUUAUGAUUUAACUUCAAAAUAAAAAUAGUUAUCUGCACAAUUUAAACUUGUAGAUAGAUAUAAUCCACAUACAUAAAGUUUUUUAUAUCAGUAAAAUAACUUAUUAAAAGUUGUUUAGGGCAUGAUCUUCUUACUCAAUUUUCUAUAUUGUAUAAAUAAUACAAAUUUAAAAACAAUCAUUGAAAAAAACAUAAAACAAAAUAGGUGCCUAUUUAUUUUUAAUGGCUUGAACAUUUAAAUGAAAUAUUGUAUAAUAAAUAGGUAUCUAGGUCAUUUAUUAUAAUAUUAUUUAUAGGUACAAAAAGGCAGAUCACAUAAGACAAGAAUACCAAUACAUAUCAAAAUAGUUGGUAGGAACCUAAUAAAUGUUUAAUAAUGUUAGUAAAAACAAAAUUGAGCUCUUCUACAAAAUAGCAUCUUGAUAAGAUUAUUUGACAUUUCACAUUAUUAAGAUAUUCUAUUAUGUAGAAAUUAAUGUUAAUUUUGUUUAUGAUCUAUUGAUUUCAAAAACUAAAAAUAACUAUACCAAUUGGCACCAAAUUUUACUCUUAUGUUCCUCAAAAUUCUGGGUUUAUAGCUUCCUGCUUCAUUUUUUAAUCCAUAAAGAUUGCUUUAAGGUGAAUUACACAUGAAUUUCAUUUCAGCUCACAAAAAUUGAAUACUUUUAUUGUUUAUGUGUAGAAUUAUUAAUAGAGGAUAAUAAAAUAGUAAUAAUAUGAUUUAAGCUAUUCUGUAUAAAAUGUGGAAUUGAAUUUUUCUUGGUAAUGGUAAAUCUCAGAAACCACAAGACCAUUUAAUACUGUGCACUGACAAAACUAAGGGGAAUAGCUACUCAUGCCUCACGGACAAAGAAAUGCAUUUUAAAUUCUAAGUGUAGCAAAGAAGUUUAUGAUUUUGCAAAGAUGUUUAUUUUUAUUUUUUAUUUUUUUUUUUAUCUGUGAACAACUUUUCUACCAGAAAACUUGCUCCAAUUUUUAAUAGUAAUACCUUUUUUGAAAGGAAAUUGGUGUGGAGAGGUACUUUAGGAAGUAAUUUUUAAAUUUUCACAGGAGUUUUCUUAUUAAAUGUGAAAAACCGAUUAAAAAAAUGAAACAUUUACAAAAUAUAUUAGUAAAAUACUACAAUUUUUUUUUUCUGUGAACAACUUUUUAAAUAUUUAUGGGUUAAUUAAUGAUGAGGAUGGGACUGAAAACAAGGACUCUUGGCAGAACUUGUUUUUAUUUUUUAAUUUUGUUAUCAUUUGAUACUAUGGUCAAAGUCGUGUGAGACUAGUGCUAGUUAGCCAAAAAGAAAAUGUAUGAUUAUAAAUUAAUUUAUUCCCUCCAAACUAAAUUUAUUUUUAUUGAUCCAAUUGGUGUGGUAGUUUGAUGGGGUUAAUAAAUGUAGUUAGUUUUUAAAUAUCAACAUACAUGUAGUAUAAUAGUUACUAAAUUUUUAACUAUUAUUGAUUACAAUUUUGCAUUAAAAAAAAAAAAACUAUCGCUUAUAAUUUAAAAUGUUCACUACUUUUUAAAUAGGUAUUUUUAUUAUUUAUUAUUAUUAACUAGCUUUAACUAGCUAUUUUAAUAAUCCUUCUUACUUUUAAUUAUAUUUUGUUAAAUUCUAUUUACAGGGAAAUUUUUUUUUAAUUAUGUGAUUUUCAUCUGAAAAAAAUUGUCGCGAUGUCGACUAGUUGAAUUGCAUCCCCAAAAUAUUUACCGAGUAGGUAAAUUUCGUCCCCAAUGUUUUUAUUUUUAUUAGGUAAAUUGCGUCUCCAAUAUUCUUACUGAAUAGAUAAACAACGUCCUUAAUAGGACAUUUUUCUUUUUAAAUCAAUAUUUUAGGGGAAUCUGUGCUAACAUUACUGCCUCACUACUGCCAGGCCCUUAUUUAGACUUAUCUCAGCAUGUUAUAAAAUACAAAUUAAAUCUUUUCAAAAUAAAUAAUUAUUUAGUAACAAUUUCAUUUAAAAUUAAAUAAUAUCUUUUUCACCAGCCACCCAAAUUUUUAAAGUAAAUCUGAUACAUACGUGAAAUUAAGAAGUUGUGGCUAAAAAACUCGAAUAUAAAAAAAAUCACUCUACAAGAAUAAAUUACAUAAUAUGAUAAUAAACUACUGUGGUUUGAAUAUCUUAAAGUUAUUCCAAUUAAAUUUAUCCAUCGAAUAAAUUAGUUAAUAAUAUGGUUUUAUAUGUAUAUAUAAUAUAUAUGCCAUAAUAUAAUAGGUAUAAAUAACAAAUUCUGAUGAAUGAAUAAAUAUUUGAACAUUAUUAAUAAUAAAUAAUAAAUGUUUGGUAGACUAUAUUGCCAACCUCCCUGCACUGUCUUCUAAGAAACGUUAAUAGACUAAAUAGCAACUAAGAAACAAUCUACCUACUUUAUACAAAUAUUAGGGACGUAAUUUAACUACCCGGUACAAUAUAAGGAACACAUUUCUCCUAACGAGUCACAUCAAAAGUUAUUAUUGAUUCAAUAAAUCCAUAUAGAUAUCAAUCAACUAUUGAUGUGUUUUGAUGAUAUUAUAAGACUAUUACCUAAUUAGUAGGUAUUUUAUAAUUUAUGAUUUUUAAAUAAAUUGUAUCUAAUACAAUUAUUGAAACACAAGUUAUAUACAUAUUCAUAUUAUUAUUCGGCUAUAUGUUUUACAGAGGAAAAAAGUUACAUAAGAAGGAUAACAUUUAUGUAAACUUGUAAAAUUGACUACCUAUACAAUAUUCCCAAGUUGAACUUUUUGGGAGGGAUUAUCAAAAAAUGUUGUAUAAAUUUAAAAUAUACUUACAUAAUAAAUGAAGUCCAUAUAUGAUACAGUAGGACUUCUUAUCCGAUACCUUACAAUGAAGUUAAAUCAUAUAUGAAAACUAUCAAAUGGCUAUCUGGGAUAUUUAGUAAAAUGUGUUGUUAUUUACAACAACCUCUACCCAACUCAAACUAUAUUUAGUAGAAGUAGGUAAAUAUUAACAUUUUUUUUUUAAAGUAAAGACAAUUUUAAAUUAAAUUAGUAAAAUUAUCUAAAAUAGAAUAUUAAAAAAAGAUAAAAAUUGAUUACUAUUUUAUGAUCACAAGCUUCAUAAUAUAUUCAUCCAUUUUCUCAAGAAUUAACUGACUAAUUUAAUUUAAGAUUGAUGAUAUUAAACAAUAAGCUGAAAUGAUACACAAAAAGAUAUUAGUUGAUAUUGUAUACAUUCCUUUAUGAAACUGACACAAAUUGUGAGAUAAUAUCCUGGAUAAAUAGGUAUUCAGAAUAUUUAAUCAUAUUAUAGAUACACAAUUUUUUCAUAGAAUGUCACAAAAAUUAAUAUUUUGGUACAUAACUAUUAGUUAAAUAUUCAAUAGUUUAAUUUUAUUGACUAGAAGUACUUGUUCAAUAAUUAAUAGGGCUAGGAUUUAUAUACACCAAACCAUAAAACUUAGUAAGAACAUAUUAAAAAAAAAGUAGAAACUGGUUUAUUUACUUGUAUCAUUAAUUUAAAUAUUAACAACUAUUCUUUUUGAAUUGUAUGAAACAAAUUUUGAUAUUCUUAUCUUUAUAUAUGUAUGUUAUUUAUGUAACCAUGCAUCUGUUGGCAAGCCAAGUAAGCGAGUAGUAGAACUCCUUAGUACUUAAUAAAUAGAUUUUUUUAAAUAUAAAUUAAUCCACAAGGCAUUUUAAGAGUUUCCCAAGUACAAUUUGAAAAUUACUAAUGUGGAUAACUAUAAUGUUUUUUUUAUUUCAACAUGUUUGGCUAAUUUGUCAUUAUUGAUGACACGUCAAAUACACGCAUGUUAGAAAUGUUAUUUUAAUAUAUCAUUGAAAUUAUUAUUUCAUGUUAUAAAAUCAGAAGUACAUUUAUUUAUAAUUGUAUGAAAUAUCUGUUUUUUGUGUUUAAAUGAAUAUUUUCUAUAUUAACAAGACACAUUUAUCUGCAAUCAACCAAAAAUAAUCAAGAUGUAAAUGUGUACAAAUCCGAGCCCUAGUGAUUAUUAUUUAACAAUUAACUUCAAUUAAGAUGUACUGAGUCUUUAUGUUUAUUAUUUGAUUAUAUAAAAGUGUUUGUGGUUAAGGAAAUUUAUGAGUCCUUGAUUUUCUAAUGCAGGUGGAUCAAUCAGAUUUACUUCAUGGGCCAACAUUAGCUGAAUUAAAUGACAAUGGGGGUGGAUCUUUAUUAGAAGACCUCAAUUUUGAUGAUUUACUACUGCCACCUGAUUCAAUCAAAUCUGAAAUAUCUGAUACAGUUCCGUUAAUGAAUUCAUACAUUGUAGAUCACGUUGUGAAUACUAGUCCUAUUAAUCGACCAAGUUCUUCAAAAUCUGGUUUUCAACUUUCGCCAAAUAGUUGCAGUUCACGUUCAUCACUUUCUCCUGGACCAACAAAUUCAAUAACUCUACAAGAGCUCUUGAGAAAAGAAGCAAAACCACAAAAGUGUUUGUCACCCCCUAAUUUUGGAACAAGUGUACCUGGAUCAGGUUUUCUGUUAUCUAACAGAUCAAGAGGAAGUCUUUCAUCAUCUGCUCCUACUCAUCUAGGACUUGAACAAAUAUGGCAGCGUAGAGAACCUAGACAACAUUUACUGUCUACUGGAUCAUUAGUGGAAGCAGGUUCAACAUCUUCACUCUCUACGGGUGUGUAAUAUAUAAAUAUUCAUAUAAAAUCUGUUUAUCUUAAUAUUUUAUGUGAAUAUUUUAGGAGGUGUUUUGAGUCCAGAAGCAUAUGAUUUUUCUUUAGAUGAAGCUAUAGAUGAUUCUGAUGAUGAUACAGAACAAGAAGAAGAUUAUUCAUCCGAUAAUGGUUAAAUUAAAUAGUACUUAAAUAAUAUUAAACUUGAAAUUAUAUACUAUGGUUUUUUUUUUUGUAGAUUCAGGUGGUGAAAGUGACUGUGGAGGGACAUCUGCCAAAUCAUCUUCACACAAAGACAGAUUUUUUUGGCAGUAUAAUGUUCAAUCAAAAGGUCCUAAAGGUCAACGGUUAGUGUUAAAAAGUAAACUUGAGGAUCCACAUUGUUUAAAUGAAGUUACUGAUCCUGUAUUUAGUCCAAACUGCUCAAUACAAGGCAUUAAGCAUAGGUAAGCUUAUAUAAAUAAUUGUAGUUUAUUAUAUUCAAUUUUAUAUUAUUAAAAUAUAAUAGUGGUAAAGCAAGAAAAGGAGAUGGUAAUGAUUUAACACCUAAUCCUAAAAAAUUACAAUCCAUUGGUAGAGAACUAGAUAAAUUGAAUAGAAGUAUAAAUGAAAUGACACCAGUUAGCGAGUUGCCAUUUAAUGUCAGACCAAAUACACGCAAAGAAAAGAACAAAUUGGCUUCCAGGUAUGGUUAUAUUUUGAUUUAUUAUUAAGAGUAAAAUCCUUAACCUUAAUAUUCAUAAGAUAAUAUGUCAGAUAUUUUAAUGAAAAUUCAGAUUCUAUUACAUGAUAAAACUGAUCAUGAUUUAAGAAUGAAGAUACUUUAACAAAUUAAUUCUGUUUAAACAUGAAUAAAUAAAACUAACACCUAUAAUAUUAACUAUGGUUUUUUUAGAAUGCUAAUUAUGUUGUGUGGGUUAGUACUAUUUCACUAUGAUUGUAAACAAUUAUUUUUAAAAACUAAGCCGGAAAGUAUAGACUUGCUAGCCAAACACUUGUGCCAUGUUCAUUAUCUUCUCAUAUGCACUUGCCAGUAGCUCAUAUAUCAUAGAGCAAACCAAAAUUACACCAAACAAAUGGCUGCCUCCUACCAUGACAAACUUUUUGAAAUUCCAUUCACACUUAUACUAAAUUUAGUUUGUGCUUGUCAAAAAACUAUCUUAGGUGGAUCUACGUGAACAGCUAGUUCAUCAUCAAACACCCUUAUUCUAAAUAUUUCUUGUGAAGAGGUCCACCUCACAAAUUUAUACUCGGCUUUUGGCUUGUGUGUGUGUGUGUAUAUAAUGGGAUUUUUGAUCCAUUCAUUUCAGUUUUUUUUUUUUUAAUCAUUAGUAACAAUAAUGUAACAUUUUUCUAAAUUACAUUUGUAGUAUUUAUAAGCGGUUUUUUUUUAAAAAUUUUAAUCUUUGUAUACUUACUUAAAGAGUUCUAAAUGAGUGAUUAAAAUUAUUGAAUAUAAAUUCUGAGAAUGACUCAAGUAAUUUUGUAUAAUUUUCAAUAUAGGCAAAUUAAAUUUUGAAAAUACAUUAUCUUAUUUUAACCAAAAAAAGUAAAGGGAAAAUAAAUACAUAACAUGAAAAAAAUUCUUAAAAUUAAAAAAAAAAUAAUAAUAAAAACUUAAAAACUUUAUCCCUGGAAUCAACGAUAUAUACUAAUAUAAUAUAUGUAUUGAAGAAUAAUAUUUUAUUUUUUUAGAGCAUGUCGAUUGAAGAAGAAAGCUCAGCAUGAAGCGAACAAAAUAAAACUUUUUGGCUUAGAAACAGAACACAGUAAUUUUUUCCUAUUUGUUGAAUUUAUUAUUUUAAAAAGUAAUUUAAGAAAAUUAAAACAAUGUAAUACUUAAAUAAUGUAUUUCACAGGGCGUUUAAUAAAUGCUAUAGCUCAAGUUAAACAAAUGUUAGUGACUCGAACAACAAGUGAUUCAUUUCCAAAUGAAACCCAAGAGCUGACAAAAGCUAGUGAGAAAAUUGCAAAAAAUGCUACAAGUAAGUAUUUAUUUUUCUUCUUAGAAAAAAUAUAGACAGGUUGAUUCACUAAGUGUGCUCAUUUCAUUUUUAUUUUUUUUGUCAAUUUUGCAUUCAAAUUCUAAUUCCUGAAAUUUAUAUGUGUUGUUAAAGAAAAUAUUUUCAAAUACUUAGAUUUUUCACAAAAUUUAAGGAGUAUCCUGUGGUGAUACUAACUUUGCUUUUUAAAUGAGAACUUAUUUAAUAUAUUUACAUUAAAAUUAAAAUUAAACCUACAAAAAUAAAAACAUGAAUAUUUUAAGUGCAUUUUAAAAUAAUAUAAAUUAACAUUUUUUAACGCUAUAACUAAUAAGUAAUUUAAAUUAUUUUUAAAAUGUAUCGAAAAAUGAAAAUUAAAUGGAUAGUGUAAGCUACUUAAAUAACUAAAUACUUUUCUGAGAAUAACUACUAUUAAUGGAUAAUUAGUAAUUGUAUUAUUUUAUACAUAUAAUGUAAUUAAAAAAAAAAAUUAAUAGAUUUAAUAAUACUUUAUAUGUUUGUAAUUUUGUAUUAAAUUUUAAUUUUACCUUGUUUUGUUCAGGACUUAAAGUUGCCGGACAAACUACAGAGUUUGUGAAUAAAGUUUUGGAGAAAUCCAAAUUAGGUGCACGGCGAGGUGGCCUGGAUGAACUAUAG